AUGCUAGCUUCUACAUUCUCUAAAAGGGCUUAUAGCUCUGUCUCUCCGGACUUUUUAGCAUCAGUUUUGCAAAGAGUGAAGGAAGUUCCUAUCAAGGCAAGAGAACCACGUAAACCAAGAUCUGACAGAAAGGUGAGGUCAGCUGGGAGGGAAGAUAAGAGACAAACAGCAAGAUUUGAUGACAGAUCCGGAGGAAAUAAACCCAGGGAUAAUAGACAAGUCCGUAAUGGUCAAGACCGUGGUGGUAAAAAUUUUAGAGAAAGAACACAAAGAACGGAUACUAGAGGAACCAAUGGCCCGGUAGUACAAACAGGUACGGCUAAAAGACAGACACCAAAGAUUACCGGUACUAAUGAGUAUAGUGAGAUUUCAGGCAAAGUUCAAAAUUUGGGUACCAGACAGAAUCGUAGAAGCGAUGAAAGGAAAACUCGUAAAACCGUUCCAGGGUUGAAAAUUUCCAGUAAUUUGGGAUCGGAAAACGUUGUGCAAAAUAUUCACAACUCGGCUGUAUAUGUUCCACAAGAUCCAACACCGUUAUCGUUGCUAAGAUACAGACCUGCUCUGGCUCCAACUUUCAGUGCAAGGACAUUCAGAUAUGCAGUUUCAACACUAAAAGACGCCGACUUCCCUGUGCAUCGUUCAUUGAAUGAUGGUGUCACAAUUAAUGGAAAGAACGUCAGUAAGCGUAUGACAGCGAACAAAGACAACUUUGGUGAAUACGUGCCAGCUUCCAUUUUGAAAUUGCAGGUGGAACCGUUGACAAAAAACAUCCAAAUUUCUCCGGAUCUAGAAAAACUUGAGCAAUCCGUCAAGGGUAGUUUCCACAUUCUCAAGCCAUACACAAAGAAGGACUUUGCCAAACUAACAAAAGCAGAAGACAAAAGAGAGCAACUUCUGCAAAAUAGCGAAAUUGUGAGAAAGAGUUUAGAACAAAGCAACUUGGCUUCAACUGAAAAAGAACUUUUGCAAAAAGUCUGUUCCGGUUUGGCACCAGUCUCUGAAUUGACAGCUUGA